AUGGAGGUCCUGGUUUCACCACAAGGACAACGACAUAAUUUGCAUAUGGCUGGUCAGAAAUUUUCCUCUGGUGGUUCGCAGAAGGAUCUGUGGCAUGUUGUGAGAGAUGGAUCCUUGGCUGAUGUAGAUUCAGCAUUGGCACUACUUAAGAAGAAUGGAGGAAAUAUUAAUGCGAGAAAUGUGUUUGGCCUGACUCCGCUUCAUAUUGCAACCUGGAGAAACCACGUUCCCAUUGUUAAGAGGCUUCUCAUAGCUGGCGCUGACCCUGAUGCUAGGGAUGGAGAAUCAGGAUGGAGUAGCCUUCACAGGGCUUUGCAUUUUGGUCAUCUUGCAGUUGCAAGUAUCUUCAUUCAGUCUGGUGCUUCUAUUACAUUGGAGGACUGUAAGUCCCGUACACCAGUCGAUCUCCUGUCUGGCCCUGUAUUGCAGGUCAUCAGAGAUGGUUUUAAUUCGGUGGCUACCGAGGUGUUUAGUUGGGGAAGCGGUGCCAAUUAUCAACUUGGAACUGGAAAUACUCACAUACAAAAGCUACCUUGUAAAGUUGAUGCUCUUCAUGGCUCUUUUAUUAAAUUAGUCUCUGCUGCCAAGUUUCAUAGUGUAGCAGUCAGUGCCAGUGGAGAAGUCUACACCUGGGGAUUUGGGAGAGGGGGCCGCCUUGGGCAUCCUGACUUUGAUAUCCACAGUGGUCAAGCUGCAGUUAUCACUCCCCGUCAGGUGACUUCUGGUUUGGGGUCCCGCCGGGUGAAGGCAAUUGCAGCUGCUAAACACCACACUGUUCUUGCUACAGAGGGUGGGGAAGUUUUUACCUGGGGAUCCAAUAGAGAGGGUCAGCUUGGGUACACUGUGGACACUCAACCAACUCCUCGUAGGGUGAGUUCCCUUAGGGCAAGGAUUGUUGCUGUUGCUGCUGCAAACAAACACACUGCUGUAGUGUCUGAUUCUGGUGAAGUUUUCACUUGGGGUUGCAAUAGAGAGGGUCAACUUGGGUAUGGAACCUCUAACUCAGCAUCCAAUUACACACCAAGAGUUGUUGAGUGCCUGAAAGGCAAAGUUUUGACAGGAGUUGUGGUGGCAAAAUACCACACUAUUGUACUGGGUGCUGGUGGAGAGGUGUACACUUGGGGUCACCGCCUGGUUACACCAAGACGUGUUGUCAUUGCUAGAAAUUUAAAGAAAAGUGGGAAUACUCCUUUGAAAUCUCAUCGAAUGGAACGGUUUCAUGUGGCUGCUAUUGCUGCAGGGAUGGUGCAUAGCUUGGCUCUAACAGAUGAUGGCACAUUAUUUUAUUGGGCAUCUGCAGAUCCUGAUCUUAGAUGCGAACAGCUGUAUUCACUGUGUGGAAACAAUAUGGUUAGCAUUUCUGCAGGAAAGUAUUGGACUGCUGCAGUUACAGCUACAGGUGAUAUUUACAUGUGGGAUGGGAAAAGGGGGAAAGAUGAGCCACCAGCUGUCACUCGAUUACAUGGUGUGAAAAAGGCCACUUCAGUUUCAGUUGGUGAAACACAUUUAUUGAUUGUUGGUUCCCUCUAUCAUCCUAUCUAUCCACCCAGUGGUGACAAAAGUCCUAAAAAACAGAUGUUGCAAGUUGGGGAUGAAAUAGAGGAGCUUGAAGAAGAUAUUAUGUUUAGUGAUGCAGAGUCUGAUCAUAUGCCAUCCACUGUAGAGAAGAAUGAUUCUUUCCAGAAGUCCGUUCCAAGCUUAAAAGCUCUUUGUGAAAAAGCAGCAGCAGAAAGUCUGGUUGAGCCACGAAAUGUUAUACAAAUGCUUGAAAUUGCUGAUUCACUUGGAGCAGAAGAACUCAGGAAGCAUUGUGAGGAUAUUGCCAUUCACAAUCUUGAUUAUAUUUUAACAGUUUCAUCACAUGCUUUUGGUAGCGCUUCACCAGAAAUUCUUGCUAAUCUUGAAAAUCUGUUAGACCAAAGGUCAUCUGAACCUUGGAGCUAUCGUAGCCUUCCAACUCCAACGGCUAUUUUUCCUGUCAUUAUAAAUAGUGAGGAGCAUGGUGAAAGUGAGUUUCCAAGGACUCGUGACAACUACAGUGACAAAUCCACCACAAGAAGUGGAAUAGAUCAACGAUUAGAUUCCUUCGUACAACCAAAAGAUGAUCCUAACCAAGGCAUCUCCAAACAAGUUCGGGCUUUACGAAAGAAGUUGCAGCAGAUUGAGAUGCUUGAGACAAAGCAAUCCAAGGGGCAUAUUCUCGAUGAUCAACAAGCUGCAAAACUUCAGACAAGGUCAAUUCUUGAAGGUUCGCUGGCUGAGCUUGGUGUUCCAGUUGAAACAGCACUGGUGAAAGCAUCAUCUUCAGUAUCACCAGAUGGGAAGGGGAAUAAAAAAUCUGAGGUACCAAGAAAACAAAGAAGAAAGAGCCGACAAAAGGCAGAACAAAUGGAAAUGCCAUCUGCUUUUACUAGUAAUGAUGCAGAAUCCAGUUCUAAAAAGAAUUUCAUGGAUGUUGAGGUCUCACAAGCUUCUACAAAUAAGGAGGAAGAAGCAAGUUUUGGUGGAAGUGUGGUGAACCAAAACACUAAAGAGAUCGGUUUCGUUGUUCAGGAGAAAUCAGUGGUGCCCUGGAUGAGGUCCCCAAAGAUGCUGCCCCCUCCGCCAACACCCAAAAGUGAGGGUCCUGCAUGGGGUGGGGCGAAGGUUUCAAAGGAAUCUGCUUCACUUCGUCAAAUACAGGAUGAACAGAGCAAAACCAAAGUGAACCGACCAACAAGGAACAAAGACCAUGUAGAAGAUCAUUUUGAUAGUAGAGGUGAUGGAAAAGUUUUGUUGAGCUCACUUCUGCCUUCCAAACCAAUUCCUAUGGUGUCAGCGCCUGCAUCGCAGGUAUCUGAUGCAGAAAUAAGCACACCUCCUUGGGCUUCUGGGACUCCUCCUCUUCCUUCUCGACCAUCACUUAGAGACAUCCAAAUGCAGCAGGGAAAGCAACAUCAAAGUAUAUCGCAUAGUCCAAAGACGAGAACACAUGGAUUCUCAGUUCCCACAGGUCAGGGUUCACCAUCAGAUUCUCCAGGAAUGAACCGGUGGUUCAAACCUGAGGUUGACAUGCCAUCAUCGAUCCGUUCAAUUCAGAUCGAGGAGAAGGCUAUGAAGGAUCUGAAGCGCUUCUACAAUAGUGUUAAGAUUGUCAAGAACCCAUCUUAA